AUGCCCUCCCUCUCAAAGUAUAAAUCGCGCCUCAAGCGCAUAACAACCCACAAUCUCUCCCACCUCCUCUCUCCCCAUCCCCAAGUCCUCCUCUCCGAAAUAUCCGGCUCCCUCGGCGACUUGGGAACCCUCCUCCCUCUCCUCCUCGCCCUCUCUCUGCAAGGCAGUAUCGACCUACCCUCCACUUUAGUGUUUUCCGGGCUCUUCAAUAUCUUGACAGGGCUAGUCUUUGGGGUUCCCCUGCCGGUGCAGCCUAUGAAAGCUAUUGCUGCUGCUUCUUUGCAGGACCAGGGACAGGGACAAGGAAAUCUGGGAGUAACGGUCGCCGCGGGUGCAUGGGUGGGAUUUGCUGUUCUGCUGCUAGGAGGGACGGGAGGACUGAGAAAGGUUAUGAGGUGGGUGCCGGGGCCCGUGGUGAGGGGGGUGCAAGUUGGUGCGGGAAUGAGUUUGGUUGUGGCGGCUGGGGGUGGGAUGGUUAAGCCUUUGGGGUGGUUUACGACUCCCGAAGGGACUGAGGAUGGGGAUGGGAAGAUAGGGAUAGGAGGAGGGAUAGGGGGGUGGUUGGAUAGUAGGGCGUUGGCGGUGUUGGCUUUUGGUGGGUUGGUUGUUACGUUGGGCCAGGGGCAGCAUCAGCCUGGCCGAAAUGCGAGGGGGAGAAGCAGGAUGCCGAUGCAGGUACCAUACGCGCUGGUAUUGUUCCUACUUGGGCUUUUAUUUGCCGUCGUGCGGGUAUCCCUCUCCAAGAACUCUCCUGGUCAACCACCCUACGACCAACCAACAAACCCAACAAACUCAUGGAUCUUCAACCCCCUCAACCACAUCCACCCCUCCGUCUUCCACUCCCUCCUCACCCCGCGCGCCCUAAGCAUGGCCCUAGCCCAACUCCCCUUGACAACCCUAAACUCCAUCAUCGCCGCUUCAGCCUUGGCAUCCGACCUUUUUCCUCGGGCUUCUUAUCCCCUACUCUACGAUGACGAAACUUUUGCAGUACCAGGGGCGUGGCCAGAUGCUUCCUCAGACCACCAUUCCUCCUCCUCCUCCUCACAAAUAAAGUUUGAAGAAAGAGAAGAAGGUCCAGUCCCCCUCACCCCGCUCUCCCUCUCCAUCUCCCUAAUGAACCUCCUCUCUGCUCCCUUCGGAUGUAUGCCCCUCUGCCACGGCUCGGGCGGACUGGCUGCUCAACACCGCUUUGGGGCGCGGAGCGGGACUUCGAUCAUCUUUUUGGGGAGUAUAAAAUUCCUUUUGGGACUAUUUUUUCCUGGAUCGGGAUUGUUAAGGAUCCUCCAAAAAUUCCCAAGAGCGUUUCUGGGAGUCAUGGUUCUGGGAGCGGGAGUGGAGUUGGCGAGGGUUGGUGUGAUGAGCGUGGAAGGAAGUGAUGAGGAUCGGAUGGUCAUGUUGAUGACUGCGGGGACGAUUUUGGCGUUUAAGAACGAUGGGGUGGGGUUCUUAGCGGGAUGGGUGCUAUGGGGGGUAUAG